AUGUCUGAAGGAACUACAAAGAAGAACAUUCCUGAUUACACAGGAGCAGGAGAAUUGAUUGAAGAAAUGAAACAUGCUGGAAAAUCUGAGGAUAUACUGGAGAGCAACAAGAAAAAGACUAUCUAUGAGCAACAAGAUAGUUACAGACAACAGAGACAUUUAGGCCAAAUGUCACCUGAGAGACAAGAUUACUUUGACACUAAGGCUAAAAAGAAGAAAGGUGCAAGAAGCUAUGCUGACAUCCAUGCAGAGAGUAGUACUGAGAAUCAGACAGAAGGAGCUCACAAGAACCUUAAGAGAGCAAGAAUGGAUGAAGGGUCAGAGAGUAUGACUAAGAGCAUUGAAGAUAUGAGAAAAGGAGGAUCAAUUAAGAUUAAGUCGGUGAAACCUCCUCCACCACCAAAGAAUUGGGAUGAGAUGGAAGGAGAAAAGAAGCCAACUACUAGUACUUUUACAACACCAUCUGGUAAAACUCCAUCCAAAUGGGACACUCCAAAGAGAGUUGGAGCCACUCCAACAAGAUCUAAAUGGGAGAUGACUCCCUCCGGAACCCCAUCAAAAGGAGGUAGGUUUGGAGAAACCCCAACUCCAGGAAGAAUGAGCACAGGAGGAUUUAUGGGUGAAACACCCACUCCUGGAAGAAUGAUAAUGACUCCUUCAGGAUCCAUUAAGUCAAGAUGGGAUGCUAAGCCUGAAGGAACUCCAUCUAGGCCAGGAACAACUCUUGGAUCUUUUGCUGCUACACCUACAGCAAAUGAAGUUUUGAGUAACUCCUUACCUUAUUGGAGCAGAGGGAUGAAAGAUGAUAGAAAUACUCCUCUGACUGAUGAAGAUCUGGACAAAAUUCUACCAAAGGAUGGUUAUGAGAUUAUUAAUCCUCCUGAAAGCUACAGACCCAUUAGGACACCUUCAAGAAAGUUAGAUGCUACUCCUAUGCAUCAGUCUACAGGUCAGUCCGGGUAUCAGGUUCCAACAGACACUGGAAAGCCAUAUGAGCUUGCUUCAAUGACUCCAAUUGAAGGAAAGGAUGGUCUUCCGUAUAUUAAGCCAGACGAGGUUGAUCACUUUUCAGCUCUGCUCACAGAGGUUGAUGAGAAGAAGCUCACAAAUGAAGAAAUUAGAGAAAGAAAAAUUAUGAUGCUGCUUCUGAAAGUCAAGAAUGGAACCCCUCCAAUGAGAAAGAUGGCUAUGAGAACUAUUACUGAGAAGGCAAAAGAGUUUGGAGCAGAAGCGCUAUUCAAACAGAUUAUCCCUCUUCUCAUGAGUCCUAGUCUUGAAGAACAGGAUAGACACUUGUUGGUUAAGGUCAUUGAUAGAAUUCUCUAUAAGCUGGAUGACCUGGUCAGGCCAUACACUCAUAAAAUCUUGGUGGUUAUUGAACCAUUGCUCAUUGAAGAAGACUACUAUGCUAGAGUUGAGGGAAGAGAGAUCAUUUCAAACCUUGCUAAGGCAGCAGGAUUAGCUACUAUGAUUUCUGCGAUGAGACAAGAUAUUGAUAACAAGAAUGAAUACGUCAGAAAUUGUACCUCCAGAGCUUUCGCUGUUGUAUGCUCUGCUCUAGGAGUUCCAGCUUGCCUUCCAUUCUUAAGAGCUGUCUGUAACAGUAAGAAGAGUUGGAUAGCAAGACAUACAGGUAUCAAGAUCAUCCAGCAAGUUGCUAUUCUUAUGGGAUGUGCUGUUCUUCCUCAUCUAAAGAACUUGGUUGAUAUCAUAAAGCAUGGAUUAAAAGACGAGCAGCAAAAAGUUAGAACCAUCACAGCCUUGGCUAUUUCAGCUCUUGCAGAAGCAGCUCAUCCAUAUGGUAUUGAGGCCUUUGAAGGAUCCUAUGCUAGCUCUAAAGGAAAUGACUGUGUCAUUAUUACUCUUUGGGAUGGUAUCUGCAUCUACAAAGGUAAAGCCCUUGCUGCUUUCUUAAAGGCUAUUGGAUAUAUUAUCCCAUUAAUGAACCCAGAUCAUGCUGGAAAGUACACAAGAUACGUAAUGGAUAUUCUCAAGAGGGAGUUCUCUAAUAAUGAAGAAGACAUGAGAAAAAUUGUUCUCACAGUUGUCAGACAAUGUGUUUCCACUGAGGGAGUCGAGGCUAAUUAUGUAAGAGAGGAUAUUAUUCCAGAAUUUUUCAGAUGUUUCUGGUCUAGAAAAUCUCCAUCCCUUAUUAGAAACUCAAAGCAGUUGGUUGAUACUACAGUAGAGAUUGCCGCAAAGGUUGGAGGAGCUGAAAUCCUUAGAAAAAUAAUUGAUGACCUUAAAGAUGAUAAUGAGAACUUUAGAAAAGUUGUGAUGGAAACCAUUGAGAAAAUCUGUGGAACCCUUGGAGUUGCUGAUAUAAACUCUAGACUCGAAGAAAAGAUCAUGGAUGGUAUCCAAUACGCAUUCCAAGAACAGUUGUCUGAUGAUACCUACAUCAUGCUUAAUGGGUUUGGAACAGUUGUCAACUGCUUUGGCACUAGAAUGAAGGCUUAUAUUCCUCAUAUAUGUGGUACAAUUCAGUGGAGAUUGACCAAUAGAUCUGCAAAGGUCAGACAGCAGGCUGCAGAUCUCAUUACAAGAAUUGCCGUUGUCAUGAAGAAGUGUAAUGAAGAAGGCCUCAUGGGAAGACUUGGUAUCGUCCUGUAUGAAAAUCUCUCUGAAGAGUAUCCAGAAGUGCUCGGCUCUAUUCUUGGAGGACUCAAGGCCAUUGUUAAUGUGAUUGGUAUGACUAAAAUGACUCCUCCUAUUAAGGAUCUUUUACCAAGACUGACCCCAAUCAUGAAAAAUAGACAUGAGAAAGUGCAAGAAAAUUGUAUUGAUCUUGUUGGAAGAAUUGCAGAUAGAGGGCCAGAAUUUGUAUCUGCAAGAGAGUGGAUGAGAAUCUGCUUCGAUCUGUUAGAUUUACUGAAUGCUCACAAGAAAGCAAUUAGAAGAGCUACUGUGAAUACAUUUGGAUAUAUUGCUAAGGCUAUUGGUCCUCAUGAUGUACUUGCUACUCUAUUGAAUAAUUUAAGAGUCCAGGAAAGACAGAACAGAGUAUGUACUACAAUUGCUAUUGCUAUUGUAGCAGAGACUUGUGGGCCAUUUACUGUUCUCCCAGCACUAAUGAAUGAAUACAGAGUUCCUGAAAUGAAUGUACAAAAUGGUGUAUUGAAAUCUCUAUCUUUCACAUUUGAAUAUAUUAGUGAAAUGGGUAAAGACUAUAUUUAUGCUGUGACUCCACUUCUUGAGGAUGCUCUUUGUGAUAGAGAUCUUGUCCAUAGACAGACUGCUAGUUCUGUUGUUAAGCACAUGAGUAUUGGAGUUGCAUAUCUUGGAUGUGAGGAUGCUCUUGCACAUCUUUUAAAUUAUGUCUGGCCAAAUAUCUUUGAAACCUCUCCUCAUGUAAUUGGUGCUGUACUUGAAGCAAUUGAAGGUUGUCGAUUGGCAUUAGGUCCUGGCAGGCUCUUAUUGUACAUCCUACAAGGUCUUUUCCAUCCUGCAAGAAGAGUUAGAGAGAUUUACUGGAAGAUUUACAAUAAUAUGUAUCUUGGAUCUCAAGAUGGGCUUGUUUCAGCUUUUCCUAACUUUGAAGAUGAACCUGACAACUCCUACAGAAGACAUGAACUUGAACUUUUUAUCUAAUAUAAUACCAAAUUCAAGCCAAUUG